ACCACCUUUUAAAAAGAAAAGGCAUAAUCUACGCGAUCGAACGUUGCCCCGUCGCCGCCGGUGUUCAUCGUUUCCGGUCAUCGACUCAUCGUUCUCUUCCGAUUCCUAGGAAAAGCUAUCGUCACUUGCUGCACUCCAUUUUCUCAAGUUCCAGGUAAAUCUGCAUAUCCCGUCUGCUGCUUUUAUUCGGUCGGUUUCAGUCCCGCCUAAAUCCCGAUUCCUCGCAAAGAUCUAGAGAAGUCAGACGAUGGGAUCGAAAAGCCAGAACUUUCAGAUUUUCAUUGAAUCCCCCGACCUCAAAAUCCCUACCCGGGCCCUGAAUAUUGAGACCUCGAUCCCUGAUUUCACCGUGAAGGAUCUCAAAUCAUCCCUCUUGCCCGAAACCCUAACCCUAAUACAGGACUCUUUCUAUUUCACCUUGAAUGGGAAAUUGAUCCCAGAUCCUACCCCUGUGAAAAGUUCCAUUAUUUCACCUCUCUCCACCUUAACCAUGCGUCUCCGCCUCGUGGGUGGAGGAGGUGAUGGUGGCGCCACAGGUGCGGAGUCUCGCGACUGUUACCUUAAAAUGUAUGCCAUCAAGAAACCCGACAAAAUUGACCCGAACGAGCGUAGGUUAUCAAAGUGGUUGAAUUGCACAUUGUCAAACGAGCCAUUGAAGCACCCUGUGGUGAUCGAUAAGCUUGGGAAUUUGUUUAACAAGGAGGCAUUGGUUGAAGCCUUGCUGAAGAAACAAGUGCCUAAGCAGUUUUCAUACAUAAAGGGACUGAGAGAUAUGGUACCCGUAGAGUUGUCAUUUAUUCCAGGUAUGGAGGACAGUGCCUUGUGUGGUGGUACAAGGUUUCAGUGCUCUGUAUCGGGGUUAGAGUUUAACGGAAAGUAUAAGUUCUUUGCACUCAGGACCUGUGGGCAUGUUUUCAGUGCCAAAGCUUUGAAAGAGGUAAAAUCGUCUGCUUGUUUGGUCUGUCACAAGGGGUUUGUGGAGAAUGACAAGAUUGUGAUAAACGGGAGCGAAGAUGAGGUUGCAGCAUUGAGAGAGAGAAUGGAGGAGGAAAAGGUAAAACUUAGAGACGGUAAGAAGUCAAAGAAGGGUAAGAAUGGGGAUGUUGUUCUUAGUGUAGAGGGUGGUGAGGUCACACCACACUUGAGCGGGGGCAAACGUGGGAUUGAUGAUAAUAAUGUUGGAGAGAAGGGAAAGUUGGAACUGAACAAAAAACACGGUCUUAAUGGUAAAAUAGAAGUGAAGAAUGUUGUGAAUGGACAUGCGAGGAAGCGGUUUAAGGCUGUUGAUAAUGCACCAGCUAAUGCUACCAAGGAAGUGUAUGCUUCUAUUUUCACAUCAUCUAGGAAAUCUGAUUUCAAGGAGACUUAUUCUUGUCGAUCACUGCCGCUUGGAAGAAAUUGAUGAGCUGAGCUGACAUAUCUCCGAGAUGACAAAAUAAAAUCGCGACUUUUCCCUUCUUAUACUGGAUUAUUGUUGUUGUAAUGCCCGGAGUGGUUGAUGUCUAGUGACUUGCACUCCCUUUCCCAGCAUCUCUCUUUUUUCGGUUUCGACACAGACUCAAACUCAAUAAAUUUAUGCUUUAUGUUGUAUUUUAUUUUUGUUUUCCAGGCAUUCCCAUAAUAGUGAUUAUUGAAAUUUAAAAUAAUAAAUCGAAGUUUUGUAA